CAACAAAACUAAGUAGGUAGGUACCUACAUAUUCAAACUCCUUAGAAGUUCAAAUUCAUUAAUUAACAUCCAACAUGCAAUAAUAUUAACAGUACACACAUUUAUGAAAGAGAGUUGUAUUUGAUAAACAAUAAUUCAAGUAUUUUAUUAAACUAUACUCGAUUGGUGGCUGUAAAUAUGACUGCUGAUAAUGAAUAUCCUAAAGCAUCAAAUGCUACGCUCAUUGGAGCCAGUAUCACCUAUGUGGGGGCUUUAUUUCUCCUCCUUUCAUUUGCUGGUCCUUACUGGAUGGAAUCAUAUCCAGAAAUGUUCUCUCCAUUCAAACAUAUGGGAUUGUGGGAGUAUUGCUUUGAUAAUUUCAGGUUCCCUGGUUACCGGUUUGACAAAAAAUUUGAUGGGUGUCACUAUAUCUACAGCCAAGAAUAUUAUGCAAUCAAGCAUUGGCUGUUGCCUGGAUGGUUAAUGGCUGUGCAGUUUUUCGUGACAGUUGCGCUGAUGUUGUCAUUUGCAGCCCAGGUUUUAUUGGCAUGUGUCAUUGUUCGUUGGCCACUGAAGACUGUGCUUCGUUAUGAAUGGAUCUUUGUGUUCUAUUCAUUCAUUAUGGUAGCAGUUUCUAGUGCUUUCCUCUUUCUUGCUGCGGCAAUAUUUGGUGGGAACUGCUACAGACGUGACUGGCUCUUGUAUCCUUCAUUCAAUGUUUUGUCUUGGUCCUAUGCAUUUGCGGUUAUUGCCUUUAUAUUAUUUGGUUUGGCAUCGAUUUUCCUGUAUUUGGAGUUUCGAAAAUUAUAUAAACUUCGCUUGGAGGCGAAAAAUCUUGUCGCUCAAAUGCAACAUAGUCAACCUGAACACACCCUUAACCAACUCCGGGACCAAUUGCAGCAACAGCAACAGCGUCAGUGGAAAUGAUGUGGUUUUGAUUGCUAACCAAAAAUAAAAUCGACACUUACACUAUUCAUUACAAGCUGCACUGAGUAUUGAAUUGUCACAAAAAUUUCCAUAGACCUUGUUUGUUUCAUGACAUUUAUGUCUACAAUUGAUCAUACAUAUUUACCAUAAUAGUGGUCAUGUUAAUAUUAUUUACAAUUCAUCACACUAUAUACAUAUAAUAUUUUUUUACUUAAUUUUUAUUGUGAUUAUAUCCAGAUCAUUAAUGGUCCAAUACUUAAAAAUGUUCUUACAAGUCUGACGAGAAUCUCCGAAUAAAAAUCCGUCCAAAUGAAUUAAUUGGCAUUUAGUAUGUAAUUUAAUUAUAGUUUUAAGCAGUUUGUAGUUUUACCAAACGAUUACUAAGAUAAAGACAAAAGUAAAAGAUGUACUUAGAAAUAUUGAGGCCUUAGUACUUUGUACGAUAAUUGAAACUCAUUGAACAUUUGUUUCAAUUUUUUAAUUUUACUAAGGACAGUUUAAUUCUAUAAUCUAUUUUCCUUUUUAAUAUUUUAAACGUAUUUAAAAAGUUUUUCUUGAAAUUUAGGGUAAUCAUGACACUUAAUGCUAUUUAAUGUGGCAGAAAUUUGUAGCAUAUUAAAUACUUAUUUUAGAUAAA